UAUUUUAUUUCAAGUAUCUUAACAUUUACAUACAUAUAUGCAUUAACAUAUUUCAUAUUCAGAAGAAGUUUGUUAUAACCGCUGGAAAAAAUUACGAGAUCGUUUUGCCCGCGAGUGUCGCCACCAGAAACUGUAUCCAGAACGACCUGUAACAUGGAUAUACUUUGAAAAUUUAUCUUUUCUCGAAGAGCAUUACAGAAAAGGUAUUCCUUUACCAGUCGAAACCAUCAGGCGACAAAAUAGAGCGAAAGCUACUGUAACAACAGCAGAAGAUGCUCUAUGCGAAGAUAGUCUUUUCCUGUAUGUCAAAGAUGAACAACAGUCGCAUGAACAGAAUUUAAAUUAUAUAGACCCUGAAUUUAGUGAAUUGAACUCAGCUUCGUUAGACGAGCUUAUUAUUAUGAGAAAUAGUAGCAAUCAAAACGAAGAAAAAGAGGCUGAAGAUUCGAGGAACGAUAUGAAAUCGUUGCCUGCAUUUACACCACUAACAAGCCGCCUGCAAAACGUUAAAGAAACAAAUGAUGAAGAACCAGAGCAACAACUUACGACUGUAAUAUCGGGAAUUCAACAUAUUUUACAACAGUCAAAGGAUUGUCUUAAAUCAUUGCAGAAGCAAAACGAAGAACUCAAACAAAAAUUUCAAUCUAAGGAAUCAUUGAAUUCGCAAGUAAGCAUGCUUCAGAAAGUGCACAUACUACUCGACGGCUUAACAGAUACGCAUCGAACAUUAGCUGAGCGUCGAAUAAUACAAUUUCUUUGUGAAUGUCAAAUAAAGAUAUUAAACGAAGAAAACGUAGGCGAUGUAUGCUAUACGCAAGAGUUUUAAGCGUAAUUCAAUUACGCAAAUUUACAGAAAAACCUGCGACAUUUUUAUAUGAAUUCUAAUGCAGAAUUGUCCGCUGAAUCCGUAUACGAAAUGUAUAUAUCUACAUAAAUAUAUAAAAGUGGAACAAUUUUCAAAUAAAGUCAAAUUUCGGUUUUUUUAAAGUA